AAAGUAAAUAAACACUGGGAGAAAACUAUAAUAUCUCCGGUACGUACAUUUGCUUCCAUAUUUUAUCUCUGGCUUCCACUCUGGACAGUGAACUAUAGAGAUGCUUCUGUCACUAAGAUCCUUUUCAACACUCACUAUUGGCUUCAAAGUUCAAGUCUUUCAAUUCCUUGACUGCACUUAUUUUCUGUUUCAUUGCAUGCCACUUUCUUGCACUUGUCCUGUUAAAGAGUCCACCAUAGCUAUUUAAUAUUUAAACGCUGGGAUCGUUUUGCAGGUUUUAGUUUAAAGGUAACCAUAGCACACACACACAUUCAUUAUUAACAGCAGAGAUGCACUGUAAGUUCUUGGGAAUCUUCUUUCCUUUCGAUGUUAGUUUCAUAUGAGUGCUGCCGUCACUAGAAUUAAGUUCUGAUAUUGCUAUGUGGCAGGUGGACCAGUGCGAUAGCAGGGGAUAGAGAAUUAUGUGAAUGGUUUGUGUGGGUGGAUGUCACCAUGCUCAAAAGGGAGAUGAAGCCGGAAAAUGACAGGCCACGGAAAGUCCGGUUUCGGAUCGCGUCAUCUCACAGUGGGCGAGUUCUGAAGGAGGUGUAUGAAGAUGGGCAACCGUCAGGCUCUCUGGAUUCUGAAUGUGCCAGUAUCUGUGGCAUAGAUGGACUAAGUGAGUCUGAUGGACAGCAGAAUGGCCACAUAGGAUCAGAAAGUGAUGAGCAUGAGAACGACCAGGAUAACUUGCUGGUGUUGGCAAGGGCUGCCAGUGAGAAGGGUUUUGGUACAAGAAGAGUCAACAUUUUAAGUAAAAAUGGCACUGUCAGAGGCGUCAAAUACAAAGUGAGUGCUGGCCAAGCUUUAUUUAACAAUUUGACCAAAGUAUUACAGCAACCAUCAAUGGAGCUAGAAUUUGACCGUGUGGUGAUUUAUACCACUUGCCUUCGUGUGGUGCGGACAACCUUUGAAAGAUGUGAACUGGUUAGAAAGAUCUUCCAAAACCAUCGAGUAAAAUUUGAAGAGAAAAACAUAGCUCUGAAUGGGGACUACGGAAAAGAGUUGGACGAACGGUGCCGACGGGUUUCCGAAGCUCCCUCCCUCCCUGUCGUGUUCAUCGACGGCCAUUAUCUUGGGGGUGCUGAGAAAAUUUUGUCAAUGAAUGAAUCAGGAGAACUGCAAGACCUCUUAACCAAAAUUGAGAGAGUGCAGCAUCCUCACGAGUGUCCUUCCUGUGGGGGCUUCGGCUUUCAUCCCUGCUCCGUGUGCCAUGGGAGCAAGAUGUCAGUGUUUCGAAACUGCUUCACAGACUCUUUCAAAGCCCUGAAGUGUACAGCUUGCAACGAGAACGGUCUUCAGCGCUGUAAGAGCUGUGCUGGUUAGGCGGAGCUUCCCCCAGGGAGGGCCUCGUUUUAUUAACCGAGGCAAUCAUUUGCUUUAUACUUUUUUUUUUUAAAUGGUCACGUUUAUGGAUUAAUCAAUAAACUUUGUUUAUUAUAA